GUCUAGCGUCGCAAUUCUUUGGCCCAAUUGGCGAUCGAUGGCCAUGUUGGGGGGACAUUGUUGUGCGGACGUCUCAAGUCGCAGAUGCACUUGUUCUCAUCACUCCGUGGCUGAUUGACACUUCGCAUUUGCCAGUGUCUCGUCGUCUCCUGCUGAACGCAGACCCAAACUUUGGAGGCACGACGCCACCAUUCGAGCAGUACGUCACCAACAGCUGUGGAGGAACACACUUUGGAGUACAAGCCACGGAUAGUGCGGCAAUUUAAAUCAGUUAAAGGGGAAAACUCCGCCAAGUGAGACUCGAACGUGUGAAUGUGCGUCUCAGUGGAACGAUAUCGUGUGCCGAUAUUAAGACAAAAAUCCAGUGGCUUUUUUUUCACAUGAAAGACAUUUCACUCAGUUCCGCAUAUGACUUGAUUAUCUCUUAAUUGCAGCCUCACCGUUUUAACACUCUAUUAUUUCACCCAUUUUUUUUAUUAUUUCGUCGCAAAUCGGACAUUAAACACACAUUUUGUGCUCAGUGGAAAAUAAAGCGUCAAAGUGUAUUUGUGUUUGCUCUGAAGACUCUGAAGCUGUAACGAUUGUUAGACGAGAUUCAGCGUCUCUCGAUCGGUGAGAAGUCCAGUGAGAUUCGCAGCUGAAGUUAACCUCCACUAUUCCAGCGGAUAAAUUGAGAAAAAGAAGCUGAGAUUUCACUCGAGAAGACCACAAAGAAGGCAGAGUUAUGAGCUCAACGUAUGUUCAGAUCGAUGAGCCGGCGCUUUUCGGCGAGGUUCCAUCGAAUCGUCCCAACACCCAAUCUUCUCUGUCCACCAUUAACAGUCUCGCGAACGACAUUGAGUCCGCUCUUGUGACCGAGAUGAACAACACGAACCUCAGUGGCAAUGGAAUCCAUCUCAAUGGGCAUCAUCCAGAGAAGCCCGCGGUGAUUGAAAUCAACGAGGACAAAGACAUGUUUCCCAGCGAAAAGAAGAUGUCCACAUAUGACGAUGUCAUGCAGAAGGCUCACGCUGCCUUUGCCAGCGGCAAGACGCGGGAUGUGGAAUUCAGGGAGAAGCAGUUGAAGCAACUGAUGAGACUCUAUGAGGAGAAUCAGACGGAGAUGGAAGCUGCGCUGGCGGCAGAUUUGCGGCGACACAAGCAAGAGUCGAACAUUCUGGAGAUUGAGUUCCUGAAGAAUGACCUCAAGAAUACGCUGAUGAACUUGAGGGACUGGACGAAGCCAGUGAAGCCGGAGAAGACGUUCGUGAACAUGCUGGACGGCGUGUACAUUCACAAGGAGCCAUUCGGAGUGGUGCUGGUGAUGGGCGCCUGGAACUAUCCGCUGCAGCUGACGCUGCUGCCCGUGGCCGCGGCCAUCUCGGCGGGCAAUUGUGUGGUGAUCAAGCCCAGUGAAGUGUCGCCCAACUGUGCCAAGUUCAUCGCUGACAAAGUGCCGCGCUAUCUCGACACGGAGUGCUAUCCCGUGAUCCUGGGCGGCGUGCCGGAGACAACGGAGCUGCUGAAGCAGAAGUUCGACUACAUCUUCUACACUGGCUCCACGCGUGUGGGACAGAUUGUGCACGCGGCGGCCAACAAGCAUCUCACGCCGGUGACGCUGGAGUUGGGCGGCAAGAGUCCCUGCUAUCUGGACAACUCCUGCAACAUCGCCUACGCCACGCGGCGCAUCCUGUGGGGCAAGUUGAUCAAUGCCGGCCAGACGUGCAUCGCGCCUGACUACUUGCUGUGCAACAAGGAGGUGCAGGGCAAGUUCCUGGAGGAGGCGCGCAAGGUGCUGCAGGAGUGGUAUGGCAAGAAUGCCAAGGAGAGUCCGGACUUGUGCAGGAUUGUCAAUGGGCGGAACUAUCAGCGCCUGGUGGCGCUGCUGAAGUCGGGAAAUGUGGCGCUGGGCGGAAAGACAGACGCCGAUGAGCGCUUCAUUGAGCCGACAAUCUUGAUUGAUGUCCAAGCGACAGAUCCGAUCAUGCAGGAGGAGAUCUUCGGACCCAUUCUGCCCAUUGUCAAUGUGGAGAACGCUUACGAUGCUAUCAAGUUCAUCAAUGCCAGGGAUAAGCCUCUAGCGUUGUACAUCCUGUCAGAAAACAAAGGAGACGUCAAGCUAUUUACUAAAAAUACCUCAAGUGGUAGCGUCUGUGUCAAUGAUACAAUAAUGCAAAUUGCAGUUGAAAGUUUGCCGUUUGGAGGAAUUGGGCUGAGCGGAAUGGGCUUUUAUCAUGGAAAAUACUCCUUCGAUACAUUCUCACAUCAGAAAUCGUGUCUGGUGAAGAACUUCAAUCCGAUUGGCGAGAAAUUGGCGUCUGGAAGAUAUCCGCCAUAUUCGGAGAGCAAGAUGAAUUUCCUGGCUUCACUGAUGCGCAAACGACGAGGAUUGUCCACAAAGUACUUGUCACACUUGUUCGCUUUCGGACUGGGAGUGGCCGUUGUCCUGAUAACCAAUGCCCUGACGAAGAGACCGCACAACUAAAAUGUAUCUCUCCUUAAUCCGUGUCUUUACAAUGUUUGUGUAACAAAAAAAAGCCAAGAUUGUUUAAGUAUGUACGGAAUAGGGUGGUUUUUGCUAUGGUCAAUUGGACACAGAGUAUAAUUUGGGCGAUGGUGUUUUUACGCAUGCAAAGCUUCAAAGGUUUUUCAUCAAUCUUUUUCAUUAUAUUUAUGGAAUAAAAGGUUUUUUUAGUAAUCACAAUUACGUGUACAUGUUCCUCAGCGUCUUAUCACUCUCAUCAGCAGUGGGUUGUGCUUGGAAAAGGUCAAAUUAUUGGCAGGAUUUCAUGAUAAUUGAUCGAUUUCUUCAUUUUUCACACAGUCUCUUAAAUUAAGAGAGUGCCUUUUUGGGGGGAAAUUGCUGCUUUUACUGUGAAAAUAGUGAGAAAUAUUAGCAAAAACUACAUUUUUAUAUGAAAUAGCGAAUAUUUAUGUUAGUUUGAACCACAAUUUUGGUUUUUCUCUUGAUCUUAUUUGUUUUUUUGCCGUUUUUUGCGUGACUUUGAGAUGAUUUCAGACACGUUUUUGUUCCGUAAACAAUUAAUUCUUUUUCUCUUA